AUGUCUCCGAGCCAGAUCACGGGAAAUGAAGGCGCAGUGGUCGAUUUGAGCCAGUCAAUGAUACACGAGGGAGCUCGAGAAAUGGAGGAUACGACAAAGUAUGUCAAGUUCUCAGGAGUGGUCUUGAUCUCAAUCGCAUUGUGCUUGGCCACCUUUUGCGUAGCAGUGGACAAUACGAUAACUUCGACCGCUGUCGCUCGAAUUACCCACGAGUUCCAUAGUAUUGAAGAUGUGGGUUGGUAUGCAUCAAUCUACCCAUUGAUGUCCUGCGCAUUUCAACCGUCCUACGGCAAGAUCUAUACAAUCUUCUCCAGCAAACUCGUCUUCAUAGCAUCGUUGCUAGUAUUCGAGAUUGGAAGCGUUGUAUGUGCCACUGCACCGACUUCUCAUGUCUUCAUUCUUGGUCGGGCAAUAGCAGGUGUGGGAUCUGCUGGCAUACAAGCAGGUACUACACUCAUUCUCGCUGAGUGCGUUUCGCUACGCCAGCGAUGGACUUGGAACAGCAUCAUUGGUAGUAUUUUUGCAGUCGGGAGCGUAGCUGGACCUUUACUAGGGGGAGCCUUCUCGGGUUCAACUACAUGGCGUUGGUGCUUCUACAUCAAUCUUCCAAUCGGAGGCGCUGUCAUGAUUUUCAUCGCCCUUUUCUACGAUGGUAGUCGCGGCGGUAAGAGAGCAUUUCAAUCGACUGGGUUUCGCAGCCAAAUCGCCCGGUUCGACUUGGCUGGUACUUUCAUCUUCAUGUCAGCAACAAUUUGUCUUCUCUUGGCAAUCUCAUGGGGUGGGACCACAUAUGCAUGGAGCAAUUUUCGUAUCAUAGCCCUACUAACAAUCGCUGGUGUCCUCUUUUGUUCCUUUUUCGGCGUCGAAUACUUGAGGAAAGAUAGCGCCAUUAUACCUUUACGCUUACUACGAAGGCGGAGCAUAGUAGCAGCGGUCUGGUUUGGAAUCUGUCUAGGAGGGGUAUUCUUUGUCAAUGUAUUCUACAUACCGCUUUGGUUUCAAAUUGUGGACGGCGUCUCUGUCAUCAAAUCCUCAAUUCUUUUCAAACCAUUCAUGAUCAGUGUCGUCGGUGGAUUUAUGUUCGCAGGCUUUGGGACCGCUGCAACUGGAUAUUACACACCUUUCGUUUACGCUGCUUCAAUUCUCAUGUCGAUAGGUACUGGCCUUCUGAUGACUGUUCAGCCUCAGCACACCUCGCGAGCAAAAUGGGUCGGAUUUCAGAUACUAUGCGGAGCCGGAAUCGGCCUGGGAGAAGAGCAAGGACUAUACAUGGUGCAGACGACACUCCCGGAAGAUGACGUGGCAACUGGUAUCGGCAUUGUCUUAUUCGCGCAGACUUUUGGCGGAGCCUUGUUUGUGUCAGUUGCCCAGGCAGUCUUCCUGGAAAAUAUCGGCAAGGCCCUGAAAACACUGGCCCCGGACCUGGAUCCUCACUCUGUUCUGGACGGGCAAUCGACGGUCCUUUCGAGCUCUUCUACUCCUCAGGUAUCAGCAGAAUUGCAGGCCGUCUAUGGAGUCGCGAUUAAAGAAGCUCUCGGUGUUGGUCUCAUAUUAGCAACGGUAUCGAGUGUAGGCGCCGUGCUGUACGAUUGGAAAAGUUUGAAGACUAGGCGUAAUGAUGGAAGCGAUGAACGUAGCAGAAACCAUGAACUGGAUUAA